AUGCAGGUGUCGUCGUACGCCCACAGGAGGAUCGAGCGAUCAAGGAGGAUGGAUCACUGCGAGGGGCUGGGGCGAUGUGAGGAGGCGCCCGGGGGGAAGGCGGAGGCGUUGGCCGGCGCGAGGCGGGGGAAGCGGGGGAGGGGCAGGGCGGAGGGGCCGCGCGGCCGCGCCGCGGGCAAGGGCCUGCGCCACUUCAGCACCAAAGUGUGUGAGAAGGUGGAGAACAAAGGAGUGACGACGUACAACGAGGUGGCGGACGAGCUCGUGGUGGAGCUGGCAGGCGUCGACAAGGCCGGCAAGUUGGACGACAACGACGAAAAGAACAUACGGAGGCGCGUGUACGACGCCCUGAACGUCCUCCUGGCCAUGGGCAUCAUAUCCAAGGAGAAGAAACAGAUCGACUGGAAGGGCCUGCCGUGCAGCAGCGACCGCCACGCCCGGGCGCUGGGAGGGCAGAGGAUCAAGAUCCUGGAGAGUAUUGAGAGGAAACAGCGCCAUUUGCAGGAACUGGUGAACAACUAUGUUGCCAUCCGGAGCCUCCUUGAGCGGAACAAGGAUGCGCCACUGGAUCGCUGCCCAAACCCCAGGGCUCUCAAGUUGCCCUGCAUUUUUGUGCAGGUGCCAGCAUCUGCUGGUGUGGUUAUUCAGUUGACUGAAGAUUGCCUGGAUGCCAACUUCGAUUUCCAAGACUACCCCUUCCAGCUGCACGAUGAAAUGCACGUGCUGCGGCAGAUGGGACUCCAGGGCCCAAAGGCUGCAGGGCCCCUUGCUGUACAGGAGGACACCCACAGUGCGAAGGCAAUAGAUGUGAGGGCCCCAUCAGCGGCUGGUAAGAAGCAGAGGCUGGCCAGGCAUGCAGAUCUGCAGAAUGCUGUUCUUACCCUGUCCAAGGUGGAUGUCCCCUGUCCAGGCCGAGCAGACUCUGUGUCUGCUGCGUCAAACUGUGAAAUCAGCAAUGGUACAGGGCUGUCUGGUGCUGGGGGAGAGUACAAGCUCCAAUCGCCUGGGAGGAAUCAUUGCCAGCAUUGGCUUUCUCCCCUCAAACUUGGGUGCUCGAUGCCCUCUGCUUACUUUCCGGCAAUGGCAAACCACGCCUAA